UCGACGAAACCCCCCACACUGCCCAUAUAAUCACAUCGCGUCGGCGGGGCCAUUGGCAUUCCCACCGCGCCGCCGUCGGAUCGACUGGGGGCUCGCCGCCGAUGGGUUUCUUACGCAAGAUCGGCAGCUUCUUGGGCAUCUCGCGGGACGACGCCGACCACCCGGACUCCCCGUCCUCCGCGGCCGCCGCCGCGGAACUCCCACAUGACAGGGCUGCUGCGGCCGCGGCGGCGCACGGGGCGAGGCGGGGGUUCAGCGUCCAGGUUCCCGUCCCCGUCGAGCGGCAGGGGCCCGGGCCCGUGCUGGUGCCCUGCCCGCAGGGGGACGGCGGCGUGCAGGGUUUUAGGUGGUAUACAAGGAGGCUUAGGAUCGAUGAAGAUGGCGACGUGGCUGAUGAGUUCUUGGAUGAAAUUAUCCCAGAAGACUCGGUCAACAACAACACAAGCCCAGUCGGAAGGUUCCAAGUGAAAUAUAACACGAAACCGACUCCAGCGCUGAGGAAGCAUGUCAUUGCUGUCGACGGUGACAUCCGCCAUAGCUUGGAACACCAAGGGCAACUGCGGUGGGUGUGAGAGUCUGAGCCCAUAUGCAAUCCUGAGCUCUGAUCCAUCAAUGCGCGCUGGGCAGACGUGUGGUUGCGUGCGCACAGGAGCGGAGCGAAUGACCCAGGUUCCCCCAUCUUUGAGGUGGACCUAGAGGUAGUUCAUUGCUGAUGUGUGUAUCCAUCAUUCUUCGUUCAGUGUGUUGGUAUGCCUGAUCUCGAGGCGAUUCAGACCCCUCUGUACCACUACUAGUAGCUGUACAUUAUUGAAGACCGAACGUUUACAGAAGUGAAUGAGCCACCGCUGGACAUGUUGAAUGUGCUUGCCAUUGCUAAUGGAGCCACUGAAAUACUGAAUCCAUGCAUGGGAUGAUUUUGAUUGACCAUUCAUUCA